AUGGUUGCAUCGAAGGAGAAAAAUCAAAUAGCUCUAUUACUUCCAAAUUGGAAGCGAUACAAGAGUGGUUUUUUGAAGGCCGAUGAUAACAUGAAACUCCACAUCAAAGAACAAUUGCGGACGAAUGGGUAUCCCGGAAUAACCGACAUGAAACCACCUUCUCAACCAGUUAUGACAAAGGGUGCUCCAAAGAAAUUAAAGCCUACACCGAAUGACAACUCGACUACAUGGGCUCCUUCGUAUUGUGAACACGUCUAUAAACUUUUUCCCGGCUCACCGACGCCUAAAUCUCUAAAAUCUCAAACAAGUUCAAACAAAGGAGCUCACAUAAGCAAACCGCCUCCGACACCUAUUUUAUCAAAAAUUCCAAUCAUCAAAGAGAUGCCUAUUCCACAGAAAAUUCCAUUCAUCGAAGAGAUGCCGAUUUUUAUACACAAAUACAUCGAGCGGAUCGUCAGCGUUACGGGGGAUUGUAAUUGCAGUUACCAGGCCGUCUUGGCGUUGCUUGGUAAUGGAGAGGAUGGCCAUGCGCUUGUCCGUCAUCAACUUAUCCAAGAGUUGAAGACGCAUAAAGACUCAUACUCACGAUCAUAUGGAGAGGAAGCUAAAUUUGAAGCGGUUAAUGGAGCUCUUGUUCCUUGGUUGGACGCUUACGUACUGGUGUCAAAAUGGACGAGAUUCCCGGAAAUGAGACAUCUUAUUGCAUGCCCGUACGAUAGGGUGUGCAUUGACUUGACGUGUUAUGGAUGCCCCAUACCACCUACGUCACUGAAAUGGGCGCUGCAUCAUUCCGAAGAUGCCGAGACGUGGCCGAAUCUUUUUAUUGAUAGGAUGCACGAAUUCGAAAAAUUGAACGACAUCGAGAAGGAAACGAAUAAGGAAAAGUCAAAAUUGGAACCACUAAUAGAUUUAGCUGACGAUAGUUCUUUUGAUGUGUUUUGUAGUUUCAAAGUAUAA